AAACAGGAGUUUGACAUAAAAAUACAAAAUAUGAUGUCACAAGCGAUAACAAAAGGACACUGGAUCAGAACUUAAAAUAUAUAUUUUGAUAUUUUUCAUUUCACUGUGUCCUUAAGUAUGCAGUUGUUGACUAGUCUCUACAAAACACUGUCCUUGGACAGAACAGUCUUGGACGGGGCUUGGUUGGCAAACCCACAGUAUGAUUUCUGACUAAUACUCCAAAUUAAGCCAUGAAGGGCCCAUCUGUGCCAAAAUAUAUCUUAGUUUAUGCAUUAAACCCUGAAUCUGCAUUGCGUAUAUUUGUGUUUUGAGACUGCCUCUGUAAAUAAAUACGAUGUCGAUACCAAAUACCGGAGAGCUGCUCUGUGUAGAUUGACCAGUCAGCUUGAUCUCAGUCACUGUUAGAAACGCCCCUCUGUGGUUUACAACACACUGCAUCCAGUAUCACAGAUCACGCGGGUUGGGAUUUCUAGAAAAAGUUCAUCAUGGUGCAGCUGGUGAUCCGCCGGUACCGUCCCUCAGACAAGGACACAGUUCUGAACUUGUUCAGCAUUGGCAUUCAGGAGCACAUCGGCCCAUGUUUUCACAAUGCCAUGAGCAGCCCUGCCUACCUCACCAUCACCCUGGCUCUGUGUAGUGCUGGCUACCUCCUGGGCUCUGCGUUAGGGGCUGUGUUUUUACCAGGAGUCUGGGUGGCCCUUGUCUACUACUGCUGUCAUGAGCUUUAUGCCAGCUAUGUCAGAGAGAGACUCCGGACAGACAUGCAGGACAUCCCUGGGAACUACCUGAGCAGAUCAGAUGACUGUUUCUGGGUGGCUGAGGCUGAGGUUGAUGGGAGGGCCCAGAUUGUGGGUAUUGUGGCUGUAAUGGCCAAACAAAGCGGGGAGGAAAGGUAUGGGGAACUGUUCAGAAUGAUAAUUUCGCCACUCUGCAGACGUGCUGGCCUGGGCUUCAGGAUGGCUCAGACAGUGGUUGACUUCUGUAAGGAACGAGGCUUCUCCAAGGUGGUGCUGGAGACCAGCUCCACCCAGACCGCUGCUGUGGCACUGUACAAGAAACUGGGGUUCAGCCAUGUCCUCUCACACACCAAAACAGAGGCUCCCUUCUGGAUGGUAACGCUGGCCAAAGUCACUGUUUUAAGAAUGGAAAAACACCUGUAGGCCUGAAACAACCCUCAUCAGUUACUGUAAUGUUCCUCUUGUCAGUUGUUAAAGCCUUUGCAUCAAUAUUACUUGAAUGAGGCAUUAUUUGUAAGCAAUGUCUCACAGACACACUCGCUGCUCUAACUAUGAACAAAAUCUCAGGUAGAACAACAAGGAAGUUCCUUUUGCUUGUACUGUACAUAAGACCAACUUAUCUGAAUGUUUUAAACAGGACAUAGUGCUGGUUUUACAAACUUACUGGACCAAAAUUCACAAUACUGGUGAUUGUAGUGCUGUUUGUAUGUUUUUUAUGACAACUAGUUUAAACUACUGUGAUUUUAUGUCACAAAUUACACUUCACAUGUAACUGUUUUACACAAAAGAAAUAAAAAACACCUGUAAUUGUUUUAAA